AUGAAAGACACGAAAGGCGCCAAUGGCACUUCAGCCGGCCCCAAACUCUUAUGGAAGCACUCCUCUCCCGAGACGACACCUAUGUAUCAGUUCCUUCAAUCGGUGAACAAGACACACGACCUGCAACUUUCCAACUACUCGGAUUUACACCAAUGGAGUAUCAACAAUGUCAACAAAUUCUGGCAAAAAGCCUGGGAUUUCGUGGGUGUCAAGCAUCAAGGAGUUCCAACAUCAGCUGUGGAUGAAGACGCACCCAUGUUUCCUCGUCCAGCUUUCUUCCAGGGAGCAACACUGAAUUUCGCCGAGAAUCUCCUUUUCCCCACUGCUGAAGUUGAUCCCAACUCACCCGCCGUUAUCGCCGCGACAGAGACUACAAGGGAGACUGUGACAUGGCAGGAGCUUAGGGAUAGGGUAAAGCAGUGUCAAGCCGGCAUGAUACAUUUGGGUCUCAAAGAGGGCGAUCGAGUGGCUGGCUAUGUCGCGAACCAUACAAGCGCGUUGGUGGCGAUGCUGGCUGCGACGUCGCUGGGAGCAGUGUGGACAGCAGUCAGCCCAGACACCGGCGUUCAUGCUGUGCUUGAUAGGCUACGCCAGAUCGAGCCGAUCUUGCUCUUUGCAGACAAUGCUGCCUUCUACAAUGGCCGGAGCCAUCCGGUACUGCCCAAGGUUGCCGACAUUGCGAGAGACCUUCCAUCUCUCCAAGCUGUUAUCAUAUUUCCUACUGUAGCCUCAGUAGAGUUCGACGUAACCUCCAUUCCUGUGCAAUAUGGCAAAACUUACGACUACGCAACAUUCACAACACUGAAGUCAACGCCAGAGCUUAUCUUCAAGCAAUUGCCGCCAGACCAUCCGGUGUAUAUCUUGUAUUCGAGUGGUACAACAGGUGCACCCAAGUGUAUUGUCCAUGGAGCCAUUGGUACGCUACUUCAACACAAAAAAGAGCACAUCAUUCACUGCUCGGUAAUGCCCCGAUCACGGCUCUUCUACUUUACAACGUGUACUUGGAUGAUGUGGCACUGGUUGGUCAGCGGACUGGCAUCAGGAGCUACGUUAGUACUCUAUGACGGUUCGCCAUUCCGCUACGUAGAUAAGUCCAACCCAUCAACCUCCAUUGCAGACGACCUAGCGAUGCAUCGCUUAAUAAAUGAGUUUGGCAUCACUCACUUCGGCAUAUCCGCAAAGUACCUUUCCAUCCUAGAGCAAAAGUCCAUCGAUCCAUUUGCCGCUGGGCUUGCGAUGGACAAACUGGAGGCAAUCUACUCCACUGGGUCGCCGCUCGCCCCUUCAACGUUCUCUUACGUCUACUCCGCCUUCCCCCCGACUGUCAAUCUAGGCAGCAUUACCGGCGGUACAGACAUCAUCUCGUUGUUUGGCGCACCGAACCCACUUUUACCCGUUUACGAAGGCGAAAUCCAAGGCGCUGGUCUAGGCAUGGCAAUCGCUGCGUACGACUACACAAGUGCCGACAUCUCAGCUUCGGGCGAACCAGGCGAUCUGGUCUGUACUAAACCCUUCAUAUGUCAACCAGUAGCAUUCUGGGGCCCAGAAGGUGAGUCAAAGUACUGGAAGUCGUACUUUGACAAAUUCACAAACGAAAAGAAGCAGCCUAUCUGGCAUCACGGCGACUUUGUGCGCUUCAACCCCGCGACUGGCGGACUGUGGAUGCUCGGACGUAGUGACGGCAUACUCAAACCUGCAGGCGUACGUUUUGGGUCAGCUGAGAUCUACAAUGUGGUUCUUCAACAUUUCCCCGAAGACGUAUCAGACGCACUUUGCAUUGGGCGAAGGAGAGAGACCGACGCAGACGAAACAGUUGUGCUCUUUCUAAAGAUGGCAGAGGGCCGCCAAAUCUCCGACGAUCUUGUUGGAAAUAUCAAGACAACGAUCAAGCAAGCGCUUAGUGCGCGCCAUGUUCCAGCUGUUGUGGACGAGUGUCCAGAAAUACCCGUUACCACCAACGGCAAAAAGGUCGAGGGAGCUGUCAAGCAAAUUCUUUGCGGGCUCAAUGUUAAGACCAGCGCGAGCGUUGCCAACGCCGAAUGUCUCGACUUUUACCGGAAUUGGGCGAGGACGCAUUGA